AUGUUGACGGUCAAUAUUGGCGAUGCCCACAUAUCAGUCACCGCAGAGCCCUUGUUACAGGAGGCCUUUGCACCGUUUGGCGAUGUCAUCACCAACCCCCGACCAGAUGUGCAUCCAUCCGCCUUCGCCUCGCAACCAAAAGACUCUAUGCCCUCAAAUGCGGUCUCGGCGAACCAAGGCACUGCUAUCCAAUAUCUAGCCGUAAGCCACAUCCGCAAUCUAUACUCUCAGGCACCCUCCGGCCAGGGCCAACCAAAGAUGACCAUGUUUGUCUGUGCUACGCGGGAGCUGGACCCGUCCUCCUCAGGCGCCGCUUCUCAAGGCCAAUUCAAGGUGCGCCUCCUGGAGCGCCAUCCCUUCACUACCCAGACCUUUACCCCCCUCUCUUCGUCAGCCUCCACCUACCUGGUCAUCGUUGCACCCAGUCUACAGCCCAGCGCUGCCGACGAAGACCUGCCGACACCCACCACGGACGACCUACCCGGUAGAGGUCUGCCGGACAUCCAUCGGCUGAAAGCCUUUGUGGCUACCAGCAACCAAGCUGUGACCUAUGGCGCCGGGACUUGGCACGCUCCGAUGGUUGUUCUUGGGAAGCGAGGGGCAGCGCUGGAUUUUGUUGUGUAUCAAUUUGGGAGCGGGCAUGGGAUUGAGGAUUGUCAACUGGUUGCUUUUGAGUCUGAGCAAAAACAAGAGCCCCGGAUAGCAGUCGAGAGCCACAAGCUCGCGGAUCUGUCUGGCGUCGAGCUGCGUCCAGGAGAGAACCCGUACACUGCCUUCAUCAGUGCUUGUAACAACGACCAUAAAGAAAUACAAGCCCUCUAUUCUGUCCACAGGACGAAGAGGAAUGCCCAACAGAGGGAGAAGUUUGUCUCUGGCGACUUCAAGGAACUUGCCAUUGACCAGCACCUCAUGAGACUUGAAAACCCUGAUACUUAUCCGGGAUUCGUUGAUGAGCGGAAUUGUUUCGUUAUCUGGGCCAGGCCCCCAGAGCAUGUGAUCCGGUUGGCUGCAAAGUUGCAGGAUUUGCUGAAGCAGAAAGCACCGACCAUUUGGUUGAUGCCAACGCAGAGGAUGCAUAUGACGGCGCUCGAGGUAGCCUUCUCCAAAACUCCCCAGGAGAUUGGAGCUCUGGUGUCCACGAUCCGCCCCAGCAUUCCGAAGAUUGCCAGUUAUACACACACUCAUAGAUCUCGACUCGUGAAGCCGAUAAUAUCCUAUGACUUGUCUGCUUUUGCCCUCUCUUUCCUCCCAGCCGCCGGGGAGCCUAUAGUCUCACCGCCACCUGUGGAGCCCGAUGUCGCCGAGGGAGUCAUCGAGGGUGACGAGUACACUUACCAUCAUGUCCGCCAGGAUGUUUUCGAUCUUGUCAAGACUGGAGGAGUUCAGGUAGGGUCCAGGUAUCAGGUGCCCAGUGCUCAUAUCACGCUGGGGAGGUAUCUGACUCAGGAUGACCACGACACCCCUGAGAAGCGGAAGCAGUGGGUGGAUGCUAUUGAUGAGAUCAACGACUGGCUGAAGAAUGAGAUUUGGGACAAGAAGGAUGCAGAGUACGUUGGUGAGUGGAUCGUUGGUCAAGAAAGAGGCUUGGACUGCCGUUCUGGGUCCCUUUGGUAUGGACAUGGCCGGACUUUGCUUCUCGGUGAGGGUUUCUAG